AUGCUUGCAGGCGUUCAUUACGAUGAUAUGGUGAGGCGCGAGCGGGCAGCAUGCGCCUGCUGCUCUAUGGGUCGUCUUGUCUUCGCUGCUUUUACCUUCUGGAUUCUAAUCUUUCUUUAUCUUGCAAUCAGUCUGUUUACCGUACAACUAAGAGAGAAAGAUACUAAUGAACAGAAAGAUUUCUCAAUGGAGCAUGAGCGAGCAGCGCAGGAUCUUAUGAAACUAAGACGGGAAAAUGAUGGGCUCAGAAAACUGCUGAGGAAGGAAACUCAGAAGAAAAUCGAGAUCAAAAAGAAAUAUGAACAUGUUCGCGCUAAACUGACCAAUGCGUGGGAAAAAAGGCAGAAGACGGAUCGACGGGCAGGAACGAGUCUGGACGAUGCCUUUGGACAGGAAGCACUUCAUCCCCACUUUUCGACGGAAUACGAAAUGGCCAGACGUGCGGUGCAUAAUUCGAUCUGGGAGCUCUAUUACUACCUCAACAGUCAAUUCAGUUGGCACAAGAAUCUUCCUUUCGAAAAUCAUGCACGAAACCAAAUGCUUUCCUUACUUGGCCAGUCGGCAGCGCUUGGAAACAUUGAUUCUGCCGACUACUGGCGAACAAAGGAAUUGGCUAAUAUAUCUGCAAAUUUUCACGAAUACUUCAACAAAAUGCAGAAUCCUGAUGACUGCCAGGCUGUACGGAUUUUAACAUGUGAUCUGAAUAAACGGUGCGGUUUCGGAUGCCAGUUGCAUCACGUUGCGUACUGUUUCAUUGUUGCAUAUGGCUCAAAUCGUACGUUGGUUUUGACUUAUGAUGGAAGAUCGUGGAAUUAUGCUUCAAGGGGAUGGAAUUAUGCCUUCCUUCCAAUCUCAAAAUGUUCAUUUUCUCAAAUUUUUAAGCCGAAUGAAAAGCAAGAAGAUUGGACAUUAAGCGGUGAUAUGAGAAACAGCAGGAUAUUGCAGCUACCAGUUGUUGACUCGUUGUCCGAUCGACCGUCCUACCUGCCACUGGCCAUCCCACAGUCGAUCAGUAACGAACUUCUGAAAUUACACUCCAAUCCUCCCGCUUUUUUCCUUUCACAGGUUUCGCUUUUACUCAAAUUUUGCAUGAUUCCUUUAAAUUUCUUCAAUGGUGAGACAGAUGUUUUGGAAGCACCGAUGAUAAGUGGUGACAGAUUUCAAGCAGGAGGGCUUGGCACGGUGAAAUUAACAUCUUAUUUUAAGGAAUCCUCAUCAAUAGUCGCCUGA